AUGUCGGCGCUUAAUACGGAUGCCUUAGAGAGUCAGCCUGACUUCAAGUUCCAGAGACAAAAGAGGUUGAUGUCUCCAUUUAUGUCGAAAAAAGUGCCUCCUAUACCUACAAAGGAAGAGAGGAAACCCUAUGGGGAGUACCAUACAAACAUACUAUUUCGUAUUAUGUUUUGGUGGUUGAAUCCUAUUUUGAAUGUCGGGUACAAAAGGACAUUGACUGAACAAGAUUUAUUCUAUCUUGAUAAUAGCCAGACUAUGGACACCCUCUAUGAGACCUUCAAAAGCCAUCUAAAGACGACAAUUGAGAAAUCAAUGAAAAAAUACCUUCAGGAGAAAUACAGUAAAGAGGGGAAGACAUAUGACCCAAGUAGUAUACCUACAGCUGAAGACUUAAAAGAUUUCCAAAUACCCAUUUAUGCAAUCCCAUUGUGCUUGUUCAAAACUCUAUACUGGCAGUAUAGUCUUGGUAAUCUCUACAAAGUAUUAUCCGACUGUACAUCUGCUACAACACCUUUAUUGCAGAAGAAACUCAUUAAUUUUGUUCAGAUGAAAUCCUUUACCGCAUUAGGAAGUACGGGGAAAGGUGUAGGGUACGCCAUCGGUGUAUGCUUGAUGAUCUUCUUCCAAGCAAUAACUGUCAAUCAUGCCUUUCAUAAUUUGCAAAUCUGUGGUGCCAAAUCUAAGGCGAUUCUUACGAGAAUGUUAUUGGAUAAAUCAAUGUCAGUCGAUGCCAGAGGUAAUCAUUUUUUUCCUGCUAGUAAAGUUCAGAGCAUGAUAUCCACAGAUUUGAAUAGGGUAGAUUUGGCUAUUGGCUUUUUCCCAUUUGCACUUACGUGUGUAUUUCCAAUUGCUAUUUGUAUAGGCUUGCUUAUUUGGAACGUUGGUGUGUCAGCAUUAGUGGGAAUUGCCAUUUUCGUUGCCAAUGUCGGUCUCUUAGCCGUUUCUAUACCUAGACUUAUGCGGUUCAGGAUAAAGGCCAUGGUAUUCACAGACAAGAGAGUUACUUUAAUGAAAGAGCUGUUAAAAAAUUUUAAAAUGAUCAAGUUCUAUAGCUGGGAAAAUUCAUACGCCAGAAGGAUCCAGGAUGCCAGAUUCAAGGAGAUGAAAUUGAUUUUGUCUUUACAGUCUUUAAGAAAUAUUGUGAUGUCAGUUUCAUUUGCUAUGCCGACAUUGGCUUCAAUGGCAACAUUUUGUACUGCCUUUGAUAUCACAAGUGGUAAAAAUGCUGCCUCUUUAUUCUCCUCUCUUUCUCUCUUCCAAGUUUUAUCAAUGCAAUUCAUGUUAGCCCCAGUUGCCCUUAAUACUGCUGCUGAUAUGAUGGUGUCAAUGAAAAAGUUCAAUCAAUUUUUAGCUCAUGCUGACUUGGAUCCAGAGCAGUAUCGUAUAGAAGAAUUUCACGACGAUAAAUUGGCGGUGAAAGUUGAUAAUGCCACUUUUGAAUGGGAUACGUUUGACGAUGAUAAAGUUGAAGAUCCUGCUCCUGAAUUUGAAAAACAGGACAAUGACAGUCUUGAAAAAGUUUCCAGUCAUAAUACGGUCGAUUAUGACAGUACCGAAAAGAUUAGAAAUGAUACAAGCUCGAUAGAUUCUACCAAAAUCUUGGAGAAAACAGCAUUUCCUGGCCUAAGAAACAUAAAUCUAGAGAUUAAGAAAGGCGAAUUUGUUGUUGUUACAGGUAGUAUCGGUGCUGGUAAAUCAUCCCUUCUCCAGGCCAUCUCGGGAUUGAUGAAAAGAGUAUCUGGUAAGGUUUAUGUUGAUGGUGACUUAUUGCUAUGCGGUUAUCCAUGGGUUCAAAAUGCUACGAUUCGGGACAACAUUUUGUUUGGUUUGCCAUUUGACCAAGAAAAGUACGACCAAGUUGUUUAUGCUUGUUCAUUGCAGAGCGACUUCAAUCAGUUCCAAGGUGGUGACAUGACCGAGGUUGGUGAACGAGGUAUUACAUUAUCUGGUGGUCAAAAGGCUAGAAUCAACUUGGCAAGAUCUGUAUAUGCUGACAAGGAUAUAAUUUUACUUGAUGAUGUUUUAAGUGCUGUUGAUGCGAAGGUGGGUCGACAUAUCGUUGAUACUUGCCUUCUUGGUUUGUUAAAGGAUAAAACUAGAAUUAUGGCAACUCACCAACUAAGUUUGAUUGACUCUGCAGAUCGAAUGAUUUUCCUCAAUGGGGAUGGAAGUAUUGAUUGCGGUACCAUCUCAGAAUUGAAAGACAGAAAUGAAAAACUGAACGAACUUUUGUCUCAUCAAAAGGAUAAGGCAAAUGACUCCGACGAAGAGUUAGAAUUGCAAGAAGAAAUCGAGUCGAAAGAACAACAUCUCAAAGAAGAUUUAUCUGAGGUGAAACAUGAAAUCAAAGAAGAACAGAAGAAGAUGGAAAUAAGCGGUGAUGUAGGAGAAGAGUUUGAACAUGCAGAUGAACAUAAAGAGAUUGUUAGGAUUAUUGGUGAUGAAGAAAGAGCCGUGAAUGCCCUGAAGGCGGAUGUUUAUAUCAAUUAUGCUAAACUUGCAUUUGGUAAACUCGGAUUGUUUUCACUGAUGUUGUUUGUCACAGUUGCUGCUUUACAGACUUACUGCAAUAUGUUUACCAACACAUGGUUAUCUUUUUGGAUAGAAGAAAAAUUCCACGGCAGAUCCAAAAGUUUUUACAUGGGGAUCUACAUUAUGUUUGCCUUCUUAUACACAUUUUUCCUUGCUGCAUUUUUCUAUUCAAUGUGCUAUUUCUGCAAUAGGGCUUCCAAGUAUCUUAAUUAUAAAGCUUCAGAAAAAAUCUUGCAUGUUCCAAUGUCCUUCAUGGAUAUUUCUCCAAUUGGUCGAGUUUUGAAUAGAUUUACAAAAGAUACUGAUGUGUUAGAUAACGAGAUACUAGAUCAAUUUAGACAGUUUUUGAGUCCCUUCUGCAAUGCUAUCGGUACCAUUGUUCUAUGUAUUAUUUACAUUCCAUGGUUUGCAAUUGCUGUUCCCUUAAUUGUUACAUUUUAUGUUUUGGUUGCCAAUUACUACCAAGCCAGCGCUAGAGAGAUCAAAAGGUUAGAAGCAGUUAAAAGGUCGUUGGUCUUUGGCCAUUUCAAUGAAGCAUUAUCCGGAAAGGAGACAAUCAAAGCUUAUAGGGCAAUCGACAGAGUCAAGCAAAGGUUGAACAAAUUGAUUGAUGGGCAGAACGAGGCUUAUUUUCUAACCAUUGUUAACCAGAGAUGGUUAGGUGCCAAUUUAUCGAUCUUAUCAUUUUGUAUGGUCUUCAUUAUCUCGUUCUUGUGUGUUUUCAGAGUUUUCAAUAUCAGUGCAGCGUCGACUGGUUUACUUUUAACCUAUGUCAUAAAUUUGACAAAUACCAUUACUAUGAUGAUGAGAGCUAUGACGCAAGUUGAAAAUGAGUUCAAUUCAGUUGAAAGAUUAAACCAUUAUGCCUUUGAUCUUGUCCAGGAGGCCCCUUAUGAGAUUCCUGAGAAUGAUCCACCCCAGGACUGGCCUAAGUAUGGUGAAAUUAUUUUCAAAGAUGUUAGUAUGAGAUAUAGACCAGAAUUACCAUUUGUUUUGAAGAAUAUCAACUUAAGUAUUGGGAAAGGUGAGAAAAUUGGAUUUUGUGGAAGAACGGGUGCUGGUAAGUCUACGUUCAUGACUUGCUUGUACAGGAUUUCCGAAUUUGAAGGAACUAUUGUUAUUGAUGAUGUUGAUAUCAGUAAAUUGGGUUUACAUAAACUAAGAUCCAAAUUAACUAUUAUUCCACAAGAUCCAGUGUUAUUUGUCGGUUCGAUCCGAGAGAAUCUGGAUCCAUUUGGCGAGUAUUCUGAUGAAGAAUUGUGGGAGGCACUUACAAUUUCCGGUUUGAUCAACAAGGAAGAUCUAAACGAAGUAAAAAAACAGAACGAAAAUGAUGAUAACUUAAACAAAUUCCACCUUAUCAGAAUGGUGGAGGAUGAUGGUGUGAAUUUCUCUAUUCGAGAGAGACAGUUGAUUGCACUUGCCAGAGCUUUGGUUAGGAAAACCAAAAUUCUAAUCUUAGAUGAGGCAACAUCAAGUGUUGACUAUGCCACCGAUUCAAGAAUCCAAAAGACCAUUGCCACCGAAUUCGACGACUGUACGAUACUGUGUAUUGCUCACAGAUUGAAUACGAUUCUAAACUACGAUAAGAUUGUCGUUAUGGAUAAGGGUGAGAUUGUUGAGUUUGAUAAACCAAGAUCAUUGUUUAUGAGGGAGGAAGGGGUCUUUAGGUCUAUGUGUGAGCAGGCAAAUAUCACAAUCGAAGAUUUCCCUUAA